AUGUUCAAGUUCCCACAGCCUUCGGAAGAGGAGAAGGCGAGCCCUGCCAGCGUGAGCCCCACGAGGACUGCAACCGAUGCACAGGGAGCACUGGCCGAACAUAUGCCCUGCCCUGGACUAGUGACGGUGCUACAUCAUGAACAGGAGUUAGAUCGCAUCCUGGAAACCUUGGGCAGCAGGUGGGUGGUCUUGGAGCUUUUGGCCUCUUGGUCCGCCGCCUGUGCAGCCAUCCGCAGCGACUUCGAGGUCUUGGCCAAAGCGUAUCCGACCUGGAUUUUUCUUCGCGCCGAUAUCUUGCAGUUGCCAGGGUUGGCGAGACGGUGGUCCUGCACGUGGGAGCCUUUGAAGACCGAUCCGGAAGAGGACCUUCCAGCCAUUUGCCGCGCUUCAGCGACCCGCCCGACCACGCUUCGCGACCGCUUUCGGUACUUUGUGGUUGGCUCUGCCUUGUCUUUCCUGGUGGGGCGAAGACCAGGGACACUGCCCGAGGACCUCGUCGGAGAGUUGGCCAUGCCAUGCGUGGUCUUGGCGUUUUGGGUGAUUACAUACAGCUUGCUGGAUGUGAUGGCAGUUGGUCAAGCCAAGCACAAGCACAACAUGGUGACCAAGACGUACAAAGACCUCCCUGGCACCGAGCCCGAAGAAGUGUACUUGGCGCAGAGAGCGCAAACAAAUCAAGUGGAACAGAUGGCUUCCUUCUUUGUGUCCACGUUGAUGUUCAGCGUCCUGGUGAAUGGGCGUAUCGGAGGGCUCCUCUCCUUGAUCUACCUGGUUUUAAGGCAGUUCUACGCCAUGACCUAUCGGGCUGCUGUGGGCAUUUCCAUCGAAGACUCUGGCCUUACGAAGUAUACGAUCCCUUGUUACUUCCUCCUCAAUGGCAUGGCUGCCGCCGUGGUGGUCCAUAUGACCCGUUACGCCUUGACAAUUGCCUGA